AGUAAUUUCACCACCACGUCGACCACGGCCUAAUCCAUUACCAUUCCGGAUCCGAGACGGAAACGCGAACUCUACAGUUUUUGCCGUUUCAACGUUCGUGUACGGUCAACACGUCAUCCGAAAUUGAAAAAACAAAAAAGAAAAAGAAAAUUCCAUAAUUAUAGUUUUGAUAACUUCUCUUUUAAUUUUCAUAAUAAUAAUUAACUUUAAUUGUUAAGAUAAACAAAUGGAAAAUAAAAGCUUCAUUACCUUCCCUCUUUCUCUUUUUUUCCUUUCUUUUCUGCUUUGAUUACUCCGCGAUCUCCAUCUCUCCGGUUAUCCUUUUUACUGGAUCGGUUAAUCGGAAAACGAUGUCGUUUUCGGAUUCCGAUUCUUCCUCCGGCACCGGCGACUACAAGAAUUUCAGGCAAAUCAGCCGUGAAAGAUUAUUAUAUGAAAUGCUUCGUUCAGCAAAAAUGAAGGAUUCAAAAUCGACUUGGAAGGUGCUAAUCAUGGACAAAGUUACGGUUAAGAUAAUGUCUUACUCUUGCAAGAUGGCUGACAUCACAUCGGAAGGAGUUUCAUUGGUAGAAGACAUAAACAGACGUAGGCAGCCAUUGCCAUUGAUUGCUAUAUACUUCAUUCAACCAACCGAAAAGAAUGUUAGUAUGUUCUUGACAAACAUGGCUGGAAGGACACCCUUAUAUAAGAAGGCAUUUGUUUACUUCAGUUCACCUAUUUCAAGAGAAUUGGUAGCUCACAUCAAGAAGGAUUCAACUGUCUUGCCUCGCAUAGGUGCAUUGAGUGAGGUUAGCUUUUUGUCAUUUAGAUUGGUCAUUGUUUUUGAAGCAAUCUGCGUUGUGCAAACUAGUCAUAUUGUUUGCUGUUUUAUUUUCCUAUUGAUUAUUGAGCUGUCAGUAGAUGCUGAAUUAUUUUUUUUGGGAUGGCAUAUGCAGAUGAACUUGGAGUAUUUUGCAAUAGACAGCCAGGGUUUCAUCACUGAUAACGGGAAGGCUCUAGAAGACCUUUUUGGUGAUGAGGAAAGUACUCGCAAAGGUGAUGCAUGUUUGAAUGUGAUGGCUACCCGUAUUGCUACAGUUUUUGCUUCACUAAGGGAGUUUCCUUUUGUGCGCUACCGGGCUGCCAAGUCUCUUGACCCAACAACCAUGACUACUUUCCGUGAUCUAAUUCCCACCAAGCUUGCAGCUGGAAUCUGGAAUUGUCUUGUGAAAUGUAAAUCAAUUCCUAACUUCCCUCAGAAGGAAACAUGCGAGUUGCUCAUCCUUGAUAGAUCUAUAGAUCAGAUUGCUCCUGUCAUACAUGAGUGGACUUAUGAUGCCAUGUGCCAUGAUUUACUGAAUAUGGAGGGGAAUAAAUAUGUGCAUGAGGUUCCAAGCAAAGCAGGAGGCCCUCCUGAGAAAAAGGAGGUUCUUUUGGAAGAGCAUGAUCCAAUAUGGCUUGAGCUUCGCCAUGCACAUAUAGCAGAUGCUAGUGAAAGGUUGCAUGAAAAGAUGACCAAUUUCGUAUCAAAGAAUAAAGCUGCACAACUUCAACAUGGUUCAAGAGAUGGUGGUGAACUUUCAACAAGGGAGUUGCAAAAAAUGGUUCAAGCAUUGCCACAAUACAGUGAACAAAUUGACAAGCUCUCCCUUCAUGUAGAGAUUGCUGGAAAAAUCAACCGAAUUAUCAGGGAUCAAGGGCUUAAAGAACUUGGGCAAUUGGAGCAAGACCUUGUUUUUGGUGAUGCAGGAAUGAAAGAUGUAAUUAAAUUUUUUACCACAAAAGAGGAGUUAUCUCAUGAAAAUAAGUUGCGGUUGUUGAUGAUUCUUGCUGCCAUUUACCCUGAGAAGUUUGAUGGUGAAAAAGGUCUUAAUUUGAUGAAGUUAGCAAAAUUACCACCUGACGAUAUGAAUGCUGUGAAUAAUAUGAGAUUGCUUGUGCCACCAUCAGAUAGCAAAAAAAGUUCAGCAGGUGCUUUUUCUUUGAAGUUUGAUAUACAUAAGAAGAAGCAUGCAACUAGGAAAGAGCGCAGUGAUGAGCAAGAAACAUGGCAAUUAUCACGCUUUUACCCUAUAAUAGAGGAGCUUGUUGAAAAACUUAGCAAUGGAGAACUAUCAAAGGAUGAUUAUCCGUGCAUGAAUGAUCCUAGUCCAACUUUCCAUGGCACAUCACAAGCUGCAUCUAUUCAUGAAGCUCCAGUUGCUCAUUCCAUGAGAUCAAGGAGGAAACCAACAUGGGCUCGGCCUCGGGACUCAGACGAUGGGUAUUCAAGUGAUUCAGUACUAAGACAUGCAUCAAGUGAUUUCAAGAAGAUGGGCAAACGCAUUUUUGUGUUUAUCGUAGGUGGAGCUACAAGAUCUGAGCUAAGAGCCUGUCACAAGCUUACAGGAAAGUUGAACCGGGAAGUUGUUUUAGGCUCAACAAGUCUUGACGAUCCUCCACAGUUUAUCACGAAACUGAAGCUGCUGACAGCAAAUGAACUCUCUUUGGAUGAUCUGCAGAUAUAAACCUAGUUGGAGUAGGAAGCUUGGAAUGUGCUUUUUGCUCCAUCCUGAUUUGUAAUCAUAGAUGUGUGCCA